ACGAUCCGUGGAUAAACUCGUUCGGUUGGGAGCUCUCUUUGCCCUUCUCCAGUGUCUCGUCACCUCCCUUGUAGCAAGGUUUACCGAAAAAAGAGAGAAGUAUGUCGUCGUUUGCUCCCGCGGCUAAGCGUUCCCGGACUGAUGUCGAUUCCGGAGACGAAUUCUUCCCAGGAAUUGGCAGCAUUCCCUACAAACCUGACGCUGGUCCCACGGAAACACUUGUUUUCAAGCACUAUAAUGCAGAUGAGGUUAUCAAUGGACGCACAAUGAGGGAGUGGUUGCGCUUCUCUGUGUGUUACUGGCACACUUUCAGAGGCACUGGCGCUGAUCCUUUCGGAUUCCCAACUCUGAACCGGCCCUGGGAAGACGGAAGUGACUCAAUGGCAAAUGCCAAGCGUCGCCUCCGAGUGGCCUUCGAGUUCUUCCACAAGCUUGGUGUACCAUACUGGACUUUCCAUGACCGCGACAUUUCCCCGGAGGGAGCCACGCUGGAGGAGACCAACCGCAAUCUGGAUGAGAUCACUGACUUGGCUCUGGAGCUGCAGAAUGAGACUGGCGUCAAGCUGCUGUGGGGAACGUGCAAUCUCUUUGCCCAUCCACGCUACAUGAACGGUGCCAGCACCAAUCCCGAUGCCCACGUCCUGGCGUAUGCCGCGGCGCAGGUCAAGAAGGGCUUGGAGGUCACGAAGAAGCUCGGCGGAGUGAACUUUGUGUUCUGGGGAGGUCGUGAAGGCUAUCACACUCUGCUAAACACAGACAUCGGCAGGGAGUUGGAUCACAUGGCCAACUUCUUCAAGAUGGUUAUUGAGUACAAGAACAAGAUUGGAUUCACUGGCCAGCUGUUGAUCGAGCCCAAGCCAAAGGAGCCGUCCAAGCACCAGUAUGACUAUGAUGCACAGACUGUGAUGAGCUUCUUGUUCAAGUAUGGGCUGCAGAAUGAUUUCAAGCUCAACAUUGAACCGAAUCACACCACUCUUGCCGGCCAUUGCCAUGAGCACGACAUUGUAGUUGCCUCUGCAAACAAGCUUCUUGGAUCAGUUGAUAGCAACACUGGGUCACCUGACCUGGGAUGGGAUACAGAUCAAUUCCCAAUGGAUGUCAAGAACACUACUGCUAUCAUGAAGGUUGUCAUUGACCAAGGUGGUCUUACUCCUGGUGGCCUGAACUUUGACUGUAAAGUACGCCGUGAAUCCAUUGACCUCACUGAUAUGUUCGUCUCACACAUUGGUGCCAUGGAUGCCUUUGCUCGGGGCUUGAGGAAUGCAACCCGAAUGAUCGACGAGGGCCAUCUUUCCACAUUGGUCAAGGAACGCUACAGCAGUUUUGACUCUGGCCUUGGGGCACGCAUUGAGGCCGGUACAGCCAGCCUGGAAGAAUGUGAGGACUUCAUCCACUCCAAGGGUGAACCUACCCUUCUGUCAGGCCGUCAAGAGCACUGUGAAGCUGUUGUCAAUUACUACGUAUGAGUGAGCAGCAGUUGUGCUUUGCCGUUAGUAAAUCCCUAUUUGUCUACAUUUGGCACUUUUACAGAAAGCUGCGGAGCGUAGUCUUUCCUUCGUUUUACCUUUUCUAGUCUGCAGGACAGACAAUAUCAUCAGUCGGGACUGUGCAAUCACAGUGCCCGUCAUUUUAUCACACUUUCUUUCAAUUUUAUGCAGCUGUCAUUGGUGCUGCCAGUGCAGUCAUUACCGCACUGAUAUUUUCUCAAGGCUCCUCACUUUGACUUUGUCCCAUUUUGUUUGUGAACAGGUUACUGCGAUCUGAGCUGGCAUCUUUCAAAGGCUGGUUUCUUUGUAUUGCUUGCUCAUGUCCUCUCUCCUCACUGUCUUCUCUCUCUCUCUCUCUCUCUCUCUCUCUCUCUCUCUCUCUCUCUCUCUCUCUCUCUCUCUCUCUCUCUCUCUCUCUUUGUUUAGCCCUAGCACUAGGUGCAUCUUUAGUAGACUAUUAGCUGUUCUGCUUUUUUCUCUGUUUUCUUUGUUUGUUCGAGUUUUAUCAGCACACUCAAAUGAGUUGAAAUGACACUGAAGCCCGCUAGGCAACACAGUUUA